GCGAACAUCGGGCGGGGCAUCUUCCUCACGCUGCUAGAGCUCAGCUACUGUGGCCAGAGCUUGCUCCAAUCGGAUGCGGAGAAAGCGUUCACCCUGUGCAGACGGGCUCCCAGCCCCGACUCCAGCGAGGAGGAGGCUUGGGAUCUGGUGGGCAAAGGCGAAGAAGAACCGCUGGAACAGGCCGAGGGCGACCAGCUGAAGUUCUUCUCCAGUGCGGAUAACCAGGUACGCCCUUCCGACAAGUUCCUGCAGCGCGCCGAGGGCGAGUUCCUGGGUUGUGGGAAGACGGACCCCAGGCCGAAUCCUGGGGAGAAGUCAGGGCCAUGCGAGGGCCCAGAGGACCCAGCUGUCGUCGGCGAUGGCGAUGCUCUGAAGCCCAGCGGGCAGCGCAAGAUCAUCGACACCAUCGACGGCACCUUGGAGGGCGAACUCGUCGCUCUCGGAGGCGAGCAGUUCUUCAAGACGAAAGUGAAGGACCUUGAUGCGGGCGACCUCAUGAUGCUGCAUGGGGUGCCUAUCAAGAUCAGGCGGAUGGAUUGCACAAAGAGGGAGGCCAACUUCGCAGGGCAGGACAUUUUCAAUGGCAUGGAUUUCGAGGACAAGCUGGCGCCGUCGCCCGGCGUGGACUGCCCUCACACGCGCUACAAAGACGACCAGCUCAUCGACAUCAAGAUGGAUAACCCCAAGGCCAUGGUCAUCUCGACGAAGGGUGAGCCGAAGGAGUUCCAGCUCGAGCCAGAGCUGAAGCCGGUGCACGAGGCCAUCGUGCGUCAGCACCUGGGUGGGGCGGGGCGGAGCAGGACAGUCGGCACGCUGAACGAGGGCAUCGACGCAGUGCAGGCCGCGGAGAAGAAAGAGGAGCUGCUGGACCAGCGGCGCCAGCAGGGGGAGAAGCUCCAGGAGGCGGGCCUCCUGGACGGCACCAUCCUGGAGCAGUCUGUCGGCGAGCUGCAGGGCGCUG